UACAAAUCCACCAAUCAAAUUCCUCUUCCACUAUCCGUCGCCAAAACCAUGAACUUCCCUACAUACGUCGUCGUUCUCCUCCCCCUUCUUUUCCUCCACGCCCACGCCAUAAUCUUCAACAUCCAGAACAACUGCGCUUACACCGUCUGGGCAGCCGCGGUGCCCGGCGGAGGCCGCCGCCUCGACCGCGGCCAGACCUGGACCAUCGGCUUCUCCAACGGCCCUAAACUCGCCAAAAUCUGGGCCAGAACCAACUGCACGUUCGACGCAUCCGGACGGGGCAGCUGCUUGACCGGAGACUGCAACGGGCAGCUCCAGUGCGAGUCCAACGGGUCCCCGCCCCACACUCUCGCCGAAUACGGGCUCAACAGUUUCGGACACAAAGACUACUACUACCUCUCGGUUCUCGAAGGGUUCAACGUGCCGAUGGAGUUCAGGCCCACUACAAACGGGUGCACCCGACCCAUUAGGUGCGCGGCGGACAUCACGGGUCAGUGCCCCGACGAGCUGAAAGCGCCGGGAGGAUGCAAUAACCCGUGCACGGUUUACAACACGACGGAGUACUGUUGCGGGGCGGGUAGGUGCCGGCCGACGAACCUGUCGCGGUUUUUCAAGGCGAGGUGUCGCGACGCUUUCACGUAUCCGGAAGAUGACCCGACGAGCACUUUCAUUUGCCCGGAGGGCACUAGUUACCGGGUUACCUUCUGUCCUAAUUAGCUUGUGUAUGUAUCAUGCGACUACUUACUGUUAGUAGUAGCGAUUUCAGUUACGUAGAAAACUAAAUAAUAUAAAACUACAGAAAGGCACACAUUGUAUUUUUUUUUUUUUUUGCAUUUUCAUAUCUUUUUGUUGUUAAUCGGUCUUUUGAGUUAUCAACUAUCUUGUUGGGAAAAUUUUUUGGCUUCAA